UGGAAUUUCCCGCUAUUUAUGAUGUCGUGGAAGAUCGGGCCGGCAUUGGCCACCGGAAACACCUGUGUUGUCAAACCCGCUGAACAGACUCCGUUAACUGCACUGUAUUUGGCGAGUCUCGUGAAAGAGGCCGGUUUCCCACCCGGUGUUGUCAACGUAGUGCCCGGCUAUGGGCCCACUGCCGGAGCCGCGCUGUCCGAGCACCUGGAUGUGGACAAAGUGGCGUUCACAGGGUCGACAGAGAUCGGCAAAAUCAUUCAGUCGGCCGCCGGAAAGUCCAACACCAAGAGAGUGACCCUCGAAAUGGGCGGCAAAUCACCGCUCGUUAUCUUCGACGACGCAGACCUCGAGGCAGCCGUUCAGACCGCGCAUGUGGGAGUGUUCCUGAAUAUGGGUCAGUGCUGUUGUGCCUCAUCGCGAAUCUUCGUCCAGGAAAGCAUUUACGAUAAGUUUGUGCAAAGAUCGGUGGAGUUGGCGAAGGCCCGGGUGGUGGGCGACCCCACAGACCUUAAGACACAACAGGGCCCGCAGAUCGACGACGUCCAGUUCAACAAGAUUUUGGGUCUCAUUGACGUCGGACGCAAAGAGGGCGCAAACCUCUUGACCGGCGGUCAGCGAUGGGGAACUCAGGGCUACUUCAUUCAGCCCACA